AGCCGUAGGUUUUGGGCUCAAUGUCCGGCUCCUCGGCGGAAGGCUCUGCUCAGGCGGCUGGCGGGCCCGAGCCAGAGGGGCGCGUUCGCCCAAGAGCCGAUGUGCCAGCCGGCGCGCAGCUGGCAGCACCGCGGGCAGAGUUGUGCUCCCUACUCCAGCGAGCCGCGGCGAUUGCGGGAGCCGGAGAUGAUGCGCAGGCUGUCUGCGAUCGCCUCCGCCUGGCGGGCGCGGCGGGCGCCGACGAUUUCCUCGGCAUAUCAAUCGAGGAAGCCGAGCUCAUUUGGGCGCCGCUCACGGAGUUGAGCCGGGCGACGCUGUCUGCAUUUCUGGGGCUGUGUGCGGUCAGCGCUUGUCCAGUGCACGCCCGAAGAGUGGGGGCAGAAAGACGAUUUCGUUGCAGGGGCCCGGUUUUUUUUUUUUCCUCCCCCGGGGCGUGCUGUGUGUUUCGGGCGGUCUCCUGGGGCCUCGGGCUCCCCCCCCCGGGUGGUUGUUUGAUUUCGUUAUUCUGCCUCCCAGGAGCCGGCGGCGCCGGCGCGGCCAUUGUCGCGUUGCGCAGCCAGGACAUGGGUCGAUCGCAGGGCAGCGAUCCCCCGGUGCAGAGGCGCAGCCCGCGGCGCGGCACGGUGGCAGCAGCGGCUGCGUUGCGGAUGUGUUCGGCGGCGCGCUCUUCUGGGAGACCGCCGCCGCCGGACAUUCUGGCAGAUGCGAAUGCCGAGCUGGCUCGCGCAGACUGCCCUGUACCCCGUGCUCCAGCGCAGGCGCCUCUGGCGGAGUUGAAGGGGCUGCAGGCUCGCGGGGCCACGGCCGCUGACGCAUCUGACUGGGCAACAUGGGUGGAGUUCUGCGGGUGGAAGGCUAGCGCCAAACAGUAUGCAUCAUCCGUGCGCCCGUACGGCAAGACCGUUGCCUUCUGCGGCGGGGACGCGUGCCCCCCAUCUCAGCAGGUUCUGGACAUGUUUGUGUCGCUGUUUCGGAGCGCGGCGACGAUGGCGCAGUACCUCUCUCAUGUCAGAUGCGUGCUUCGGUGGUUGCAGAGUGAUUUGGGCGCACUGCAAGACACCCAACGAUUGGUCCGUGGAGCCGAGAAAGCGGGAGUGUCCAAGCGGCGAGAGCGUAUCCGCGCGACCGCAGAGGAGACCCGGGCUUUAGCAAGGUGGUGCUCUAGGUCUGGUUUCGCUGACAUCGGUGACUCUUGGAUCGUCUCCCGCCAGUUUUGUCUGCGCUAUGGCGAGGCGUUGAAGCUGGGUUCGCAGGGCGCUCCUGUUCGGCUCAUCCGCGAGCGCGGGCUCCCAGACGAAAUCGAAGUCACUUUCAUGCAGCGUAAGUGCUUCGCUGAGCCCGUUGUGGUUUCGAGGCGGUGCAUUUGUCGUCUCCAGGGCAAAUCCUUGCGCGGGUUUUGCGCAAUUUCUUGUCGUUGCGCGGGGGCCCUUCCGGGCGUGAUCGUCCCGGGUCUUCAGCACAGUGAACCCUUUGCUGUGUUGAAAACGGCUGCCCAGGCCAUCGGGCUGCAGAGCCCGGACGCAUGGGGUACCCAUGCUUUCCGGCGAGGCUGGGCCACGGAAUGCUUGCGUGCCAAUGGUACAUCGGCUUUGUUUUGCUCUGGUGGCUGGCGGGGCGUCACGGCCUUUGCCUACGCGUCUGCGACGGCCCGGAGCACAGUAGAGGCUGCAGAAUUCCUUAUCGACCACUCCGACUCGUCCGCUGGCGAGUGAAAAGAUCCUGCGUGCAAUGGGCGGAGUGACGUCCGCCACACGGUGGACUGUACCCCCUCCUCGUCCUCCCUCCUGUCGGUUGUCGGUCGUCUGUCGGUGGUCGUCUGUCUUCCGUCGGUCCGCCCUUGUCACGCUGGCGGGCGACAGAGCUCUAGCUCUAAUGGAGUGGCGGUGCGCGCAGCUGGUGCCAAGGGCGCCGCUUCCUGUGCGCACUUGUUUCUCCCGCCCUGCCCUCCCUGGGGUUGUUGCGCCCCGCUGGCUGGGCUUCACUGGGGCAUCCCAGAGUAGAGCCAGUCAGUCGCGCGGGUCGUGUCUGCCCAGCGUUCGCGCGGGGGCGCACGCAGUCAGAGGC